AUGUCAAUGCCCCCUAUGCACAGCAUGCUGCGCAGCUCUGGCUGCCACCUUCGGCUGCCCCCUUCGGCUUCCCCUUCGGCUGCCCCCUUCGGCUGCCCCCUUCGGCUGCCCCCUUCGGCUGCCCCCUUCGGCUGCCCCUUCGGCUGCCCCCUUCGGCUGCCCCCUUCGGCUGCCCCCUUCGGCUGCCCCCUUCGGCUGCCCCUUCGGCUGCCCCCUUCGGCUGCCCCCUUCGGCUGCCCCCUUCGGCUGCCCUUCGGCUGCCCCCUUCGCUGCCCCCUCGGCCCCCUUCGGCUGCCCCCUGCUUCGGCUGCCCCCUUCGGCCCCCUUCGGCUGCCCCCCUUCGUUCCCCUUCGGCUGCCCCCUUCGGCUUCCCUUCGGCUGCCCCCUUCGGCUGCCCCCUUCUGCUCGGCUGCCCCCUUCGGCUGCCCCUUCGCUGCCCUUCUGCCCCUUCGGCUGCCCUUUCGGCUGCCCCUUCGCCCCCCUUGCGGCUGCCCCCUUCGGCUGCCUUCCUGCCCCCCCUUCGGCCCCCUUCGGCUGCCCUUCGGCUGCCCCCUUCGCUGCCCCUUGGCUGCCCCCUUCGCUGCCCCCUUCGGCUGCCCCCUUCGGCUGCCCCCUUCGGCUGCCCCUUCGGCUGCCCCCUUCGGCUGCCCCCUUCGGCUGCCCCCUUCGGCUGCCCCUUCGGCUGCCCCCUUCGGCUGCCCCCUUCGGCUGCCCCCUUCGGCUGCCCCCUUCGGCUGCCCCCUUCGGCUGCCCCCUUCGGCUGCCCCUUCGGCUGCCCCCUUCGGCUGCCCCCUUCGGCUGCCCCCUUCGGCUGCCCCUUCGGCUGCCCCUUCGGCUGCCCCCUUCGGCUGCCCCCUUCGGCUGCCCCCUUCGGCUGCCCCCUUCGGCUGCCCCCUUCGGCUGCCCCCUUCGGCUGCCCCCUUCGGCUGCCCCCUUCGGCUGCCCCCUUCGGCUGCCCCCCUUCGGCUGCCCCCUCGGCUGCCCCCUUCGGCUGCCCCCUUCGGCUUGCCCCCCCUUUUCGGCUGCCCCCUUCGGCUGCCCCCUUCGGCUGCCCCCCCUUCGGCUGCCCCCCUUCGGCUGCCCCCUUCGGCUGCCCCCUUCGGCUGCCCCCUUCGGCUGCCCCCCUUCGGCUGCCCCCUUCGGCUGCCCCCUUCGGCUGCCCCCCUUCGGCUGCCCCCUUCGGCUGCCACCCCUUCGGGCUGCCCCCUUCGGCUGCCCCCUUCGGCUGCCCCCUUCGGGCUGCCCCCUUCGGCUGCCCCCUUCGGCUGCCCCCUUCGGCUGCCCCCUCGGCUGCCACCUUCGGCUGCCCCCCUUCGGCUGCCCCCUUCGGCUCUGCCCCCUCUGGCUGCCCCCCCUUCGGCUGCCCCCUUCGGCUGCCCCCUUACGGCUGCCCCACUUCGGCUGCCCCCUUCGGCUGCCCCCUUCGGCUGCCCCCUUCGGCUGCCCCCUUCGGCUGCCCCCUUCGGCUGCCCCCUUCGGCUGCCCCCUUCGGCUGCCCCCUUCGGCUGCCCCCUUCGGCUGCCCUUCGGCUGCCCCCUUCGGCUGCCCCCUUCGGCUGCCCCUUCGGCUGCCCCCUUCGGCUGCCCCCUUCGGCUGCCCCCUUCGGCUGCCCCCUUCGGCUGCCCCCUUCGGCUGCCCCCUUCGGUGCCCCCCUUCGGCUGCCCCUUCGGCUGCCCCCUUCGGCUGCCCCUUCGGCUGCCCCCUUCGGCUGCCCCCUUCGGCUGCCCCCUUCGGCUGCCCCCUUCGGCUGCCCCCUUCGGCUGCCCCCUUCGGCUGCCCCUUCGGCUGCCCCCUUCGGCUGCCCCCUUCGGCUGCCCCCUUCGGCUGCCCCCUUCGGCUGCCCCCUUCGGCUGCCCCUUCGGCUGCCCCCUUCGGCUGCCCCCUUCGGCUGCCCCCUUCGGCUGCCCCCUUCGGCUGCCCCCUUCGGCUGCCCCCCUUCGGCUGCCCUCCUUCGGCUUGCCCCCUUCGGCUCUGCCCCCGUUCGGCGCUUGGCCCCCUUCGGGCUGGCCCCCUUCGGCUGCCCCCUUCGGCUGCCCCCCUUCGGGCUGCCCCCUUCGGACUGACCCCUUCCGGCUGCCCCCUUCGGCUGCCCCCUUCGGCUGCCCCCUUCGGCUGCCCCCUUCGGCUGCCCCCUUCGCUGCCCCCUUAGGCUGCCCCCCUUCGGCUGCCCCCUUCGGCUGCCCCCUUCGGCUGCCCCCCUUCGGCUGCCCCCUUCGGCGGCCCCCUUCCGGCUGCCCCCUUCGGCUGCCCCCUCGGCUGCCCCCCUUCGGCUGCCCCCUUCGGCUGCCCCCCUUCGGCUGCCCCCUUCGGCUGCCCCCUUCGGCUGCCCCCUUCGGCUGCCCCCUUCGGCUGCCCCUUCGGCUGCCCCCUUCGGCUGCCCCCUUCGGCUGCCCCCUUCGGCUGCCCCCUUCGGCUGCCCCCUUCGGGCUGCUGCCCCCUUCGGCUGCCCCCUUCGGCCUGCCCCCUUCGGCUGCCCCUUCGGCUGCCACCUUCGGCUGCACCCUUCGGCUGCCACCUUGGCUGCCACCUUCGGCUCGCCCACUUCGGCUGCCACCUUCGGCUGCCACCUUCGCUGCACUUGGCCCACCCUUCGGCUGCCACCUUCAGGCUACCACCUUCGGCUGCCACUUCAGGCUGCACCCUUCAGCUGCACCUUCAGCUGCCACCUUCAGCUGCCACCUUCAGCUGCCACCUUCAGCUGCCACCUUCAGCUCGCCACCCUUCAGUGCCACCUUCAGCUGCCCCCCUUCAGCUGCCACCUUUCAGCUGCCCCCUUCAGCUGCCACCUUCAGCUGCCACCUUCAGCUGCCACCUUCAGCUGCCACCUUCAGCUGCCACCCUUCAGCUGCCCACCUUCAGCUGCCACCUUCAGCUGCCACCUUCAGCUGCCACCUUCAGCUGCCACCUUCAGCUGCCACCUUCAGCUGCCACCUUCAGCUGCCACUUCAGCUGCCACCUUCAGCUGCCACCUUCAGCUGCCACCUUCAGCUGCCACCUUCAGCUGCCACCUUCAGCUGCCACCUUCAGCUGCCACCUUCAGCUGCCACCUUCAGCUGCCACCCUUCCAGCUGCCACCUUCAGCCUGCCACCUUCAGCUGCCACCUUCAGCUGCCCCCUUCAGCUACCCCCUUCAGCUGCCCCCUUCAGCUGCCACCUUCAGCUGCCACCUUCAGCUGCCACCUUCAGCUGCCACCUUCAGCUGCCCCCUUCAGCUGCCCCCUUCAGCUGCCCCCUUCAGCUGCCACCUUCAGCUGCCACCUUCAGCUGCCCCAUUCAGCUGCCCCCUUCAGCUGCCACCUUCAGCUGCCCCCUUCAGCUGCCCCCUUGAGCUGCCCCCUUGAGCUGCCCCCUUCAGCUGCCCCCUUCAGCUGCCACCUUCAGCUGCCCCCUUCAGCUGCCCCCUUCAGCUGCCACCUUCAGCUGCCCCCCUUCAGCUGCCCCCUCAGUCGCCCCCUUCAGCUGCCACCUUCAGCUGCCACCUUCAGCUGCCCCCUUCAGCUGCCCCUUCGCUUCCCUUCAGCUGCCACCUUCAGCUGCCACCUUCAGCUGCCACCUUCAGCUGCCCCCUUCAGCUGCCACCUUCAGCUGCCACCUUCAGCUGCCACCUUCAGCUGCCACCUUCAGCUGCCACCUUCAGCUGCCACCUUCAGCUGCCACCUUUCAGCUGCCACCUUCAGCUGCCACCUUCAGCUGCCACCUUCAGCUGCCACCUUCAGCUGCCACCUUCAGCUGCCACCCCAGCUCUCCCUUUUCAAUCAACUCUAUGGCCGCCCCCUUGCCCAUCUCACCCCCUUUUUUACCCAUCUCACCCCCCCCCCUCCUCCCCGCCUUUCCCCCACUGAACUCACCGCUCUCUCUAAUCGUUUCUCAGAGCAUUAG